AUGAUUAUUGCAGUAGAAAUUAUCAGAAAACUCAAGCUAAAAGAAGCACCAACGAGUCUGAAUUUGGCACUAGAAGCAAUGACGUUAGAUUUCCCUAUUUUCUUGACUGCAGAAUAUGAUGAAGUUUUUCCAAAAAUGUGGAGCUUUUGGAUCAAAGCGGCUUCUGAAGAUGCAGCAAGUUUUUCGACAAUAUUGAGAUUCAUGUUCGACUCAGUGAGAAAGAGCCACAAAAGAAAACAAGUUGAAUUCGAAGUUCCUGAGAAAAAGAAAGUUUCGCUUUUGGAACAAGCUCAAAAAAUAUCUCAAAAAGCGCCGAAUAUAAUGGGUGUCGGAAUAAUCGGCAAAGGUGCAAAAAAGCGCCGGGUCAUCCCUCCAGAGGAAAUCGAAGAAGACUCUCAGUUGAACUCCGUUGUUCUCCAAUUCAUAAAAGAAGUUCUGAACACUGUUGAAAAAGAAGAAGCGAAACUUUUGCUGACUAACACCGCUGUAUCGUUGUUUACGGAAGUUUUUUGCGAAGAGCAUCCAGAUAUUGAGUCUUUUUGGCCUGUUCCUGUUGGCAGAGGCGUGCAAAGAACUAAUUUGGAGAAAGAUCUGGUCUUGCUGAAAAGUAUUCCAAAGUUAACUUUCCCGCUUAUCUCUGUUUUGGCCGACGAUUGGAGAAUUUUUAAUAGGAUGACUUUCAUAUUUCGCGCAAAAAUGAACCAACUUCUUGCUUUUUGGGAAGCCUGUCGCUUCACCGACGCUGUCUCUUGCCAGAAAGAGUUGCGAGAGUCAAUCAGUCUUGUCACCCUUCUUUCCAAGUCCGGAAUCAUUCCGGAAAUCAUCGCGCAAACAUCACUUAUCUACGAGUUCUGCGCUCCGUAUCACGUUUUUCUGUUGUUGAACUCAAUUUGGGGAUAUCUUCACUGCCACCCGCCGACUGCUGAAUUACUCGAAAGCAAAUUUCAAGGAGUUAAUACAGAUAUUUUCCUGACAGACGCGCGGAAUAUAAUGUUGGAGAACAUCGACAGAACAGGCCAUCUUUUCGAUAAAUUUUUCUGA